CUGAAAAAAAGACCCGACGAAAAGCGUUAGCAGCGUAUUUGCCUUUCGCUCACUCCCAUGGAUAGCUCGCGGUUUUCGCCGAUGUGUUAAAACUUUAGUUAUUUUCCAGUUAAUGCUGAUGCGAAUCUGAGGCAAUUCAUUAAUAUCAGUCAGUUAUCAAAGAAUCAGUCAAGCAGCACCAAGUGAAUAAGAAGGCAACAACAACAAGUCAAGUCGUCGGAAGCAGCGCCGUGGAAACUGGAUUUAAUGCGAAGAAGUGAAAAAGGAAAGUUGUAGCCAGUAGUAACGUGAAGAGCUGUAAAGGACGCUUAAGUUGAAGCAGUUUGUUUGUAGCUAACAAACAAGUCGACUACUAUUUUGACGUUAAAAAAGUAACUCAAUAAUUUGCAGACAUGGACCCCACCUCAGACAGCGUAACCAACGCUGUUCCAGCCAAACGGGCUACGCAACAGGGCCGCAAGAAGUCUGGGCCAAAGUUCGAGUUGUCAGAGGCUCAGAAGUUAGACAUAAAGGAGGCCUUUGAUCUGUUUGACAAUGAAUGCACUGGCUACAUUGAGGUCAAAGAGCUAAAGGUGGCCAUUAGAGCUCUGGGCUUUGAGCCGAAAAAGGAGGAAAUCAAGCGAAUGAUCGCCGAGAUUGACAAGGACUGCAGCGGACGGAUUGGGUUUAAUGACUUUCUACACCUAAUGACUAUGAAGAUGGCUGAAAAGGACACUAAGGAGGAGAUAUUGAAAGCUUUUCGACUAUUUGAUGACGACGAGACAGGGAAAAUCUCCUUUAGGAAUCUAAAAAGGGUGGCCCGCGAACUGGGCGAAACCCUAACGGACGAGGAAUUACGCGAGAUGAUCGACGAAGCCGAUUUAGACAACGACGGUGAGGUCAACCAGGAGGAGUUUCUGAGGAUCAUGAAGAAGACCAGUUUGUAUUGAAGAUCAUCCCAAUAAAAAUGUAUAAACUUAAAUCAAAAAUA